AUGGCCGAGGUACCUCCCGAGCAGCUGGAUGCCCAAUUCCACACACCACCCCAUGCCUUCAACCAAAUACCUCCAAAACCCGUCAAGGAUUCGCAAGAUGGCGACUCCAAGGCCCCAUUACCCAAGGGCGUAGUCCUCGACAAAGAUGGCAAGCCCAACAAUCGCAAACCUCCCCCUCCACCACCACCUCUUCAUCAACAUCAACAACAAUCCCCACAUCAGCAACAACAUCCCGCUCAACCCCCCAACCAACCGAAACCCCCCCCCGACUGCCCACCAGACGUCGAGCAACUCGGCCGCUCAACCUGGACCCUCCUACACACCAUGGCGGCCACAUACCCCGAAAAAGCAUCUGCAUCACACCAAGAAGACAUGCAGGGUUUCCUAAAGUUCUUCUCCAAGCUGUACCCCUGCUGGGUGUGUGCGGACGAUUUCCGGACGUGGAUGGCGCACCCGAGUGGACGCAAUCAGCCCAAGUUGAGUGGGCGGAAGGAGUUUGGGUGGUGGAUGUGUGAGGCGCAUAAUGAGGUGAAUCGGAAGUUGGGGAAGAAGGAGUUUGAUUGUCGACUUUGGGAGGAGAGGUGGAGGACUGGGUGGAAGGAUGGGAGGUGUGAUUGA